GAAGCCAAUUAGGCUAAUUAAUCCCUAUUCGGAGACCCCACCAGAGCAGCCGCGCGCCCCGACACGACCCGCUUCCUAAAUGCGUCCCGGAUUCCCACAAGACAAAGUCACCCCGGAAAGCCAAGCCAAGCCAGGCCGCCCAGCUGCAGCGGCCUAACCCAGCCUGGCACGUUGUCAUCUGCCCGCCCCGAGGUCUCUGAAGCCAACCCUGGUUAGGCGCCCGUGUGAAUGCGCCCUCCCCGUCUUCCCUGACCCGUGUCACGGCGCUGGGUGAACGCGCGGCGGGGACGAGCCCCCGUCCUGCCAAGGCCCGAGAGAGAGGCCAAGGCUGCCAUCUUAGCCUCCUCCCGGUCCAACCGGGCGACUGGAGAGAGCUGCUUUCUCCCUUCCCAGGCGCUGCCUGCGGUCGCGGAGGCUAAACGGCGGGCAGGACGAGACCGAAACGGUCCCUCAGGCGCCAUGGCUGCCCGGCGCUCCCUCAAGGACCUGCUCGCAGACAGGUCUCCGACUGAGAUUAGCAGCGAAGCCAUCAGUCUUUCUAAGGAGGGCCGAGCGUGCCCAUCCGCCCCGACUCACACACGAACCAAGGCGAGCAUUACAACGGAAUUGGCCGCCUUAUUUCGCGCGAUCACCAUGCCAACCUCCACAGCAAUCCCUGGGGAGUCUUCCAGCGCCAGGCUGAGGAUUCCCGACGCCGACAAGCCCAGCCAGAGUCUGCGCUUCGUCAAGCUGACCGAAAACGCCUAUGCGCCUUCUAAAGGAUCUUCCCGCGCGGCGGGCUACGAUUUAUACAGUGCAUAUGAAUGUGAGAUCCCUGCUUUAGGGAAGGCUGUAGUGAAAACGGAUAUUCAGAUUGCCCUUCCUACUGGUUGCUAUGGUCGAAUAGCUCCUCGGUCUGGAUUAGCUGUGAAUCAUUUCAUUGAUGUUGGUGCUGGGGUAAUUGAUGAGGACUACAGGGGAAAUGUUGGUGUUGUAUUAUUUAACUUUGGAAAGGAACCAUUUAAAGUUAAAAAGGGUGACAGGAUUGCUCAACUAAUCUGUGAGCGCAUCUACUAUCCUGUUCUUGAAGAAGCCAAGGAGCUCAACACAGCUUACAUGGGGUUCCCAUAAUUUUUAUCCUCACAAUAACAAACCUAUGAGGCCAGUUGGACUGAAGUGGAAUGACUGCCCUAAAGUCCCCAAAUGGACUUCCCUAGUGAGGUAGCCUCAAAUCUAGGAAUUGAACACCUCACUUUCAAACCCUAGAUCUUUUUCCAAGCAGCUU